AUGCCGCCGCUCAAGAAACGGAAAUUGAGUCACGAUGAGUCGUCCUCGGGUGAUGAUGAUGAAGGUCAUCACUCUGUAAAGUCGUCCACCGAAUCCGAGACCACACCAACCAGCGACGCAGAGGAGGAAGACACGCAGACAAACAAGACGACGCAGCCCAAGACGUUCAAAGAGCUAGGGAUCAUCGAGUCGCUCUGCGAAGCGUGCGACCGACUCGGAUACAAGGCGCCGACGCCCAUCCAGGCUGAAGCGAUCCCGCUGGCCCUGCAGGGUCGGGACCUCAUCGGGCUGGCAGAGACUGGGAGCGGCAAGACGGCGGCGUUUGUCCUGCCCAUCCUGCAGGCGCUCAUGGACAAGCCGCAGCAAUUGCACUCGCUGAUCCUGGCACCGACCAGAGAACUGGCAUAUCAGAUAUCCCAGGCUGUCGAGGCGCUGGGCUCGCUGAUUGCGGUCCGCUGCGCCGUGUUGGUCGGGGGCAUGGACAUGAUCCCGCAGGCCAUUGCUUUGGGCAAGAAACCGCACGUCGUCGUCGCCACGCCGGGCCGGCUGCUGGACCACCUGGAAAACACAAAGGGCUUCUCACUCCGCCAGCUCAAGUACCUGGUCAUGGACGAGGCCGAUCGCCUACUCGACCUGGACUUUGGGCCGAUUUUGGACAAGAUCCUCAAGAUCCUGCCGAGAGAAGGGAGGAAGACGUAUCUCUUCUCCGCCACCAUGUCCAGCAAGGUCGAGUCUCUCCAGCGGGCGUCGCUGUCGAACCCGCUCCGCGUCGCCGUGUCCCAGGACAAGUACCAGACGGUGUCGACGCUGAUCCAAUCCUACCUCUUCAUCCCGCACAAGCACAAGGACCUCUACUUGAUCCACGUGCUGAACGAACUCGCCGGCCAAACGGGCAUCAUCUUCACCCGGACGGUCAACGAGGCACAGCGCAUCUCGAUCCUGCUACGCACGCUCGGCUUCUCCGCGAUCCCCAUCCACGGACAACUCUCGCAACAAGCGCGCCUCGCCGCGCUGAACAAGUUCCGCGCCAAAUCCCGCAACCUGCUGGUCGCCUCGGACGUCGCGUCCCGCGGCCUGGACAUACCCUCGGUCGACCUCGUGAUCAACUUCGACCUCCCGCACGACAGCAAGACGUACAUCCACCGGGUCGGGCGCACCGCGCGGGCGGGCAAGAGCGGCCAGGCCAUCUCCUUCGUGACGCAGUACGACGUGGAGCUGUGGAUGCGCAUCGAGGGCGCCCUCGGCAGGAAACUCGACGAGCACCACACUGUCAAGGAGGAGGUCAUGGUGCUGGCCGAGCGGGUCGGCGACGCCCAGCGCGCCGCCGCCAUGGAGAUGAAGGAGCUGCACGAGAACCGGGGCAAGAAGGGCGCCACCCUCCGACACAAGCGAGGAGCCAAGGGCGUGGGAAGUGGUGGUGGGAAGCGGAGUCGAGAUGAUAUGGAUCAAGACGAGGGAUAG